GAUUCAUUAAGAGAAGUUGUUACGAAUAAGUCGUAAUGAACAAUGAUUAGUGAGUUUGGGUAGGUAGAAUGUAAUUCCAUCGUAGUUUUAACAGUGGAUUAAUUAGUGACGCCAUGGUUGGUGAUAGGAAAAAAAUUGCUACAAUUCUCACAGCUUGCGUUUUGUUGAUAUUGGCUUCAGCAUCAGCGAUAUGGAUCGUUUUUGGAAUAAAGAAACUCGAAAGGAUAAUGUUUCUCAAGGUCCACCAUGUUAAUAUUCUAAACGCAAUGCUUCCAGUGGGUGGUGUUGCUGGUACAAUAAUAUUCGGCACAGCGGCGGAAUUAACGGGGAGAAAAAUAACAUUGCUAGCAAUAGCAGCGACUUACGCAAUAGCAUUCAUUGUUUUCCAGUUUGUUAAAUCUUUGACAGUUGCUUGUAUUGGUAGAGUGAUCGCAGGAUUUGCUGUAGGAGGAAGUUACAUCGUUUUACCUAUUUAUAUAGGAGAAAUGUCUGAACCAUCUUCCAGAGGAACUAUGGGUUGUAUGAUGACAAUAAGCUCUUUAAUAGGCUACUUAGUAUGUUAUUUAAUCGCUAAUUAUUGUACGUACACUAUAUAUAAUGUAGUAGCAAUAGCUCUAUCACUAGUUUUCAUCCUGACGUUUAUUUGGAUAGGAGUGGAAUCACCGUAUUAUUUUUUAAGAAGACAACAAGAUGAAGAUCAAACAGACAUAACUCAUUUUGAGAAUGGUAAUAAUAUACAUAGAUUACUGUACUUUAGAGAACAAAAAUUUAUGACCUGUUGUCGAUCAGCCGUUUGGAUAAAAUCCUUAAUGAUGAUGAGUUUGCUGAUUCUAAUCCAUCAUUUUUCUGGAGUUAGUAUGAUUCCAAUUCUUUUACAAUAUGUUGCUUCAUACCUAGGAUCAAGAAAUUUCAGCUUAGACCAGAAAAUCAUAUUGAUAAUAUCAGUCGGUCUGGAGUUAGUUGGAACAAUCGUUUGUACCUUACUAGUGGACAAGUUGGGCAGAAAACCAUGUUUGAUAAUUUCGACUGUAUGCAUAGCAUUAUUUUAUGCACCAAUGGCCAUACUAAAUGCCAUCAGAACAAAAUAUUUGGAUGUUAAUCAAGUGCCUGCUUUGACUAUUCUAUUUUUAGUUAUGUUUUUAAUAUUUUUUAAUUGUGGAAUAGCUCCCAUACCACGUAUUUUAUUAGGUGAAAUUUUUCCAAUGAAAAUUAAAAUGUUUGCUGCGGCAUAUAUAGUUAGUUUGCAACAAAUAUCAGUGUUUAUUGUCACAAAUUAUUUCCAGCAAAUUUCAUAUUUUAUUGGUUAUAAUACUAUUUUAUUCAUAUUUUUCGGAUCUAUGACCCUAGCACCUAUUUUAAUACAUUUUGGAAUUUUCGAGACUAAAGGUAAAAGCUUACACGAAAUACAAAUGGUUUUGAAAAAUUAUUGACUUUUUUGUCAAUAAUUUCCGAUGACAGGAAGUCGUAUUGAAUUAUCUAAGUGAACCAUAAUAAAUUUUCCCAAAACCAUCAAUGGUUACUAAUAAAAGAAUAUUUUCAUGACUUGACUAAGUAAUAUUCAAAGAUUGAUGAUAUAUUUAAUCAGAACAUGUAUCUUUAGGAAUUAUCGGAGCCUAUGAUCACAUUUCCAAUAGAUCACCUAACAGCUACUUGUGAGUUUCCUUUCAUUUUUAUUACUUUAGAUUCUUACAGUAACUUUUCCAAGCUAAUUCAUGCUUUAUAUUCUAGCUAUUCAAUAAUCAUUAGUGAGCACGAUAUAUCUGCAUUCUAGACUCAACUUUGAUACCAAUAAACUAUUCUUAUGUGGCAAAUUAAAAAAUUACAGAAACCACCUGUCUCUUAUGUUGCUCAUACGAAUCUACCUUACAAAAUCAUACAUACAAAAACAAAACAAACAACCCGACAGCUGAUAGCAUUUACGGUAGAUAUGAUUUUAUAAUAUAGCCCUUACUCAAUUAUUUUGUUCAAUUUCCCGAACGAUAGAAACAUGAUAUGAAUUACUUUCAGAUCGUGAUCGCAUUAAAUCGAUCAUAAUUUCUGAACAGACCUCUUGUAAAACGUGUUUUGAAAAGUGACUAUGACAUAUACUCAAAAACAGCUUUUGAUCAUAGUUUCGUGAUGUACUCUUCAAAUUAUGAUAAGUAACCAUUUGAGGUGAUGAGUCGAUUGAUAUUUAAUAUCAUGAAUUUUAAUAAUUUAAAUUUGAAAACACACAACCCUCUAUAUUCCGUUUUCUAUAGAAAAAUGUAGAAAUAUGCGAAACGACAUUAAAUUGACUUCAAAAAUAGGAAAUUACAUUAACUUUCUAGCGAGGUUAUAGUUCUUCCAAUAUCAAUUGCAGAUUAUAAAAACCUUUGCCCACAAUUUUGUUUGAUCUACCAUAGGCGUAGAUACCUCAUUUUAUAAAUUAAUUAUUUUUAUAAAUAGAGAAAGUAUUCGUUAAAAGGCAAUCGAAUCAUUAUAAAUUGGAUGGAAUUAACUUGCACACAUGUACCUUUCUGUACAGCUGAGCCUGUUUUCUACCCCAUUCGUUUUUUUUUUCUGGAAAAAGGAAUUUGAAAGCAAAAUCCAUAAAGAAAAGAAAUGUUUCGCAAAUGAAACAAAAUAAAAAAACAUUUUAAUUCCAAAGUAUCUUUAUUAACAAUAAUGGUAGUCAGAAUCGUUUGAAUUGGAGUCAUCAUUUGAUUGAAUUAUGAAGGGUGGUAAAGAGGGUGAUACCACAUACCCAUCUUCUUCUUUGAUAACAUGUUCUACACAGUUUUUUCCAAAGUUCGCGGUCUGCUGCUACAACUUUUUUACGAGUUCUACAACCUCUUAGUUCUGGAGACUGAUUACAUUUUCGUAAUUCUGAUUUGACGUUUGUCUAUAAGGUUUAAUAUGCAACAGUAAGGAGGUAGUCUGAGUAGACUGUGACCCUGUUCUUUGCACAGCUUGUCAAUAUAAUAAAUUUCCUCCCUUUAAUAACAGUAAGCAGUUCUUUGUUUGCUGGGCCUUUUUUACGAACGCUGAAAGGAAUAGGAAUAUGUUUUUCAGAUAUAAAUGCUGAAAUUUGAGCUUUUUUACUACUAUUAUUUGGUAUCUUGAAGAGUUGCCACGACUGGUAGGAUGCGUUGCCCAUAACCAUUACUGACUGUACGGGAAUGUUAGGUUGAAGUUGUUCAUUAAACCACUUUCCAAAUAAUUCUGCUGUCAUAUCUUCAUGACAAUUAGCUGCACAGUUUUUAAUUUUUUAGCAGAUAUUAAUAAAGCAUUAGGCACGAAACUGUCUUUGCUUCCAGCGUGUACUAGUAUAACGCAUUUCCUUUUAGAACAUUGCCCAUUCAAACAGCAAUUUUCACUAUUGUCAACCCAACCGAAAUUUACUUCAUCGUAACUGUCAAAACAUGUUUCAUCUAGAUAGAUUAUGUGUCUAAUAGAACUUCGGUAGUCUUUUAUCUGACGCAAAUAAUCUUGUCGCCAUCGAACGAUUCUUGACGAUUCGGAUAUUGCCAUCAAUUUUAUUAAUUUUUCUAUGUUCAAACCACAUGCUGACAAAACUUGACGCUAUGUUUCUUAACUGGUAUAAUUGUAUUCUGGAUAAUCUGCUACGCUAAUUAAUACUACUUAUCGCUGACUUUUUGGCUGGAAUACUUCGAAGAAACUGUGUACAUUGGCCUUCUGACAACUUCGGCCAAUAGAAAUGCAAUUAUGUUUACGAUUCGAUGUCGAUUCCAUUGGUAAACAGUGGAGAUAAUGAGUUCACGUGGACUGACAGUUUGUUAGAUUUUAACCGAAUUUUAUACGGGGAGUUAACAUUCUUUUCCAUUUCUUAAUUUGGUAUAACUGUCUUCUGCAAUUGAUAUGGGAAGAGCUAUAAAUACAAUCCCUAAAUUAUUAAAUAGAAGUAUGUUAUGAUUUAUAUUUGAAAUUAUAUAUAUUCUCUUGCUUAAAAUCAUCAUUGAAAAUAUUGUCUACCUUAUAUAUAAAAUUUAUAGCCUAGAUUAUUUUUUGUGCUAAAGUAGCAUAAUUAUGAAUUAAUCAACAAAUAAAUAUGACGUGUCCUUACAUAUUUUAGAUAGACAGAAAUAUAUUGGCGUAGUUGCCAAACUUACACUUAUGUACUAUAGUUGUUUCAUCAACUAUGUAAUAAAGGUAGCGGCUUUUAUAUACUUAUCAAGUUAUGUUCAAAAUUUAACAAAUCUAUCCCUAAGGGAAAGAUAAUUAAUGUAACCUUUCCAUUUACUGGAUAUCUUUAUUGAGUUUUUGUUUCUCAAACAAUUUCUUUCAUUUUUGCAAUGUUUUAUGAAACUUAUGAUUCAAUAUAUUGAAAUUAUUGUU